CCCUUGGAGACCCAGCCGGGGGAGGAGGGAAUUGCUGUUGCUAGGUUGGGUGCGUGUGUGUUGGGUGGUAGUGGGGAGGUGGACGACGGCCGGCUCAGUGAGGAGAGGGGCGGGGAGGGGAGCUGCAGUCUGGGUGACUGUUUUUCCAGCUCCAAUUCGAGCUCGUCCCCGCGGCGGGAGGCACAGAACGUUCCAGCCUGUUGCUCUCAUCCUCUGGGGCCGCCCCCACGGCUCGGUCCUAGGUAGGAGAGGGAAAUGUGAGCUAGCUCGCCUUCCAUUUCUUUUUUCUUGACCCACCCCCAGAACUGCUCUCCGCCUCAGUAUCCCGGCCAGCCUCCCCACCCCCACUCCGACAGCUUCCAAGUCUCCCCGAGCUCUCGCCGGUGCAGCGGUUCCCUGCAGAGCCCAGACCUGGGCCCCGUAGGGCGGCCGAGGGAACGGUGUGCAGGAGUCAGGGACAGCGUGCCGAGGAGUCCCUGGUCGGUAGGUCUGUCAGGCGGCGGGGCGCGCUAGGGAGCCAGAUGAACGGGACCUUCUUGAAUCGGAGUGCCCUGGAACCGGGAGGCAGCGGAGGCGGAGGCGGCGCCUACGGCAACCAGAGCCAAGGGCUGGACACGUGGCUGGGCUGCUGUCCCGGAACCCCCCCGCUGGUGGCGAGCGACGGGAUCCCGGCGGGUCUGGCCCCCGACGAGCGGAGCCUGUGGGUGUCACGAGUGGCGCAGAUCGCAGUUCUCUGCGUUCUCUCCCUCACGGUAUUCUUCGGCAUUUUCUUCCUGGGCUGCAACCUGCUUAUCAAGUCUGAAAGCAUGAUCAACUUUCUGGUGCAGGAGAGGCGACCCUCUAAGGAUGUGGGCGCGGCCAUCAUGGGGCUUUACUGAGGGUACUCCGAGGAUCCUGGCGCCAACUGUGCCCUCCCCGCCCCAGGGCCCCGCGCAGGCUGCCUCGGGCACUCAGGAAGUCCGGAAAGAUUGCUUUGGAGCUGCAGUAAGCAGGCAGUCGAAGCGUCUUAGUUGAGGGGCUCCAAGCCACUGCAGGGUUGUAAGAGCACAUCCUCCUAGCGCCUGAGUGCGCUCGCUCCCUGCCUAGGGGGUGAUGCGGAACUUGAUCUGUGCGGAGCGGACGGUUGCGAUUGCUGCCUAGUAAAGUCUUCUCUGCCUCAGCUGCCUGGGGAUCGCUUGUAAUAAUUGUUAUUUUAAGAAGAAAAAGAAAAAAGAGGGGAAAGGAGGUCAGAUGUGGAUGGGAAUAGAGGAGAGGGACCCAGCCACUGUUUUGCUUCACUGGGGACUACGGUUUUAAUUUUGUUUGGUGGAGGCACUUGGAAUGGGAAUUUGAGUGAAGAUUGUACAGGUAUCUGAGUUCGCAAUUGAUUUUUCCAUUUAAAAAGAAAUGUAAUAAAAUCUUUCCCACCGUCGGGGCUCUCAAA